AUGAGAAAACAUUAUGAUAGUGGCCUAGAUAACUCAAACCCGACUCAUGCGCAACACUUCCGAGCGACGAAUGGCCCGUCGCCAGCUUCAAACAAUGAAAUCUCUCUUGAGAACGGAUAUCUUGGAGAAUCUAAACCAGGAAAUGGGGGUCCCAUCGUGGACGGAGAGCUGUUCGCGGACGGCACAGAUGAACCCGAUGGUAUAUGUGGGUCCGAGGUGAGUUUUGAGGUUAAUAUUUAUGGAGGGAUAGCGCUUGAGUGAACUGAUGGAGACAUUUUGUAGUGAUUGUCAAUAUUUGGGCAAUUUUUUUGUUUUACUGUGCAAUAAGAUAAACAAGUUAUAAUCAAAGGUUGAUAGUUGGUCACAGGUGGCUGAAUCAUAGAAGUCUCGAUGCGGGUUCAAAAAGUUUUCGAAAACAGUUGAACUUUUAUCAACGGAAGCGCUGAUAAUAUUGUGGUAACUUUUACUGGACUAUCACUAGAUAUGGUUGUUUAUGGGGAUGAACGGAAGCGGGGGGAGCGGCGUCUUCGGCUGAUUCUCGCAUCCGUGCGUGUCGAUGAAUCAGUCGGUAAAAGUUCUUGGCGGUUAGUUUUAAAGUAUUUAUUUUUUAUUACAAUCGGCCGAAUGAGCGCAGGUUACUUGAUUUAGUUGGGUUUUAUGAUUUCUCUCAAAAUAUAUUGAUUACAACGUUGAUGGGCAAUAAGGAGCGCCUGCCUUCCUUAUUUCGGUUGUUUUGUGAAUGCGAUUUCAGACGAAAACGACCUCCCGAACCAAGCUCUCAGCGGCCAAGGCCGGUGAUUUGACUGCCGACAGUCAGACGCCAUGGCCUUCCAUCUCCGAACUUCGUCAUCUUAUGGAAGCGAGAGGUCCAGAUGCUCAACUCAAGGUGGGUCUUUUGAUGCUUAUAUAGAAGACAGUAUUAUUAUUAUAUGUUGUUUAUGAAGAAGGAAGCUAGUUUUGAUAUUAUUUUCUGUUUUAAGUAGUGAAGGGAUAAUUUUGGCAUAAAUAUACUUCAAAACGUUUUACUUUGUUUAAAUUUGCUUUAUUAUUAUAUUGUUGUUGUUUGAGAAUGUUGAUGUUUGUUUGAUUAUUACCUAACUUGUAAAUAUUCUAGUUGUCUGAUGAAUUCAAAGGAGUUGAUGGACUUUUGAGCAAACUGAGAGUAGACCCAGUUAAAGGUCUUCCGAAUGAUAAGCACUAUCUGGAUGAACGAAGAAAGAGAUACGGUUCCAACACGAUACCGAAGGCCGAGUCUAAAUCGCUUCUGAAGCUGAUUUAUGAUGCCAGCAAGGUGCGUUUUUAUCUAAACUGUCAAUGAACUAUAUUGACUACAAUGAGUAAAUGUUGUUGUGAUAGAGAUUACUUAUUAUUACUUGUUGUGAUAGUUGAUAAUUUUUCAAUUGAUAACUUAUUUAUUGUUUUCAAAUACUGUAAUAUGAAACAAGUUUACUAUAAAACCAUUACAAAAAUGGUAUUUAGGACCCCACAUUGAUCAUCUUGAUCUUCUCUGGUCUAGUUUCGCUUGGACUUUCCUUUUACCAACCUCCAUCUGAGAAUAGUGGGUUAACUCUAACCAAUGGUACUAUCGUUAAUGGUACCAAUCUGAACGAAGGCGAGGAAGAGGAUCAUGGAUCAGCGUGGAUUGAAGGCGUAGCCAUCUUGGUGUGUGUAGUUGUGGUGGUACUCGUGACAGCCUUAAACGAUUAUUCCAAGGAGCGACAGUUUCGUAGUAUGUUUGUGUUUGCUUUUGAAAUAAUGACAAAUAGCUGUUUGUUUAGACGACUUAUUGAACUGUUAAAUUACUUGUUGUCGAUGUUAUAUUAAUUCAGAGAAAGAAAGUAGCCUAGAGUUGCAAUAAAACAAAGAAACUGGUUUCUUGAGUAUAUUUCUGGUAAUUUAGACUUGCAAGAUAAGAUUGAAACUGGGCAAAAGUUCUCGGUGAUUCGUGCAGGAGAUGCGUUGGACGUUCCGGUUAGUGAUCUUGUUGUUGGUGAUGUAAUACGAGUCAAGUACGGAGAUCUUGUUCCAUCUGAUGGAGUGCUUCUUCAAGGAAAUGAUUUGAAGAUUGAUGAGAGUUCGCUGACGGGAGAAUCUGAUCACGUGAAGAAGACAGUGGAGGACGAUCCCUUCGUUCUUUCAGGUACAGUUUUAAGCGAUAUCGAAAGGACAGCAAAUUAAAUAAAAAUGUCAUUCAAGCAACAAAAUAAUAAGUUUAAGAAAGUAAAAAUAAUUUUUAGGUACUUAUGUCAUGGAAGGAAGUGGUAAAGUAGUAGUGACGGCCGUGGGUGUAAACUCACAAACUGGUAUAAUCAUGACUUUGCUUGGAGGCGGAAAACCAGAAGGAGAUUCGGAUGCUUCUAGCUGUAUGUUAUUCUGCAUUAUUUUAGUUUUUCUUUUUAAGUGUUAUACAAAUAUAAAUUGUGUUUUUCAUGAACUUUUUUCAGCAAAUUCGUCGUCAGACUCAUCGUCAUCAGGUUCCGGAAGUUCGUCUACAUCUAGUGACUCUGAUAAUGGCGAUUUGCAUACGAAAUCCAUCUUGCAAACCAAAUUGUCAGCAUUGGCGUUACACAUCAUCUACUGUGGUACAAGUGUAGCUAUCUUGGCGUUGAUCAUAUUAAUCAUCCGGUACUGUAUUGAGACCUAUAUAGUUGGUGGACAAUCUUUCAAUGUUGCUCAACUUUACAACUUUGUCAAGUUCUUCAUUAUUGCAGUUACUAUAUUGGUCAUUUCAAUACCUGAAGGUCUUCCAUUGGCUAUCGCGUUAUCGCUGACAUAUUCUGUCAAAAAGGUAUGUUUUUAGUAUUGGUAGACGUUGUUGUAUUUGUAAAAAGAAUAUUAUUAUGUUUACUGUAAAUAUUUGAUUUAAGAAUUUGUAACUAUGUUAAAUAAUAGUAUCAAGAAGAUAAAGAUAUUGUUUUAGAUGAUGAAAGAUAAUAAUUUGGUGCGACACUUGGAUGCUUGUGAAACAAUGGGCAAUGCAACCACAAUCUGCUCUGACAAAACUGGAACACUGACGACAAACAGAAUGACUUGCGUUCAGUCAUAUGUUUGCGAUAAGUUAUACACCGAUGAAAAGUCACAGCCGACUGCCGGAACCCUGCCAGGAGAUGUGACGUCAUUGAUCACAGAGAGUAUUACCUUGAACUGCGCCUACAACUCGAUGAUAGUAGAUGGGGAGAAGCCAGGAGAUAAGGGACUUCAGCUCGGGAACAAGACAGAAUGUGGUCUUCUGGGCUUUGUCUCUCGAUUAGGUGGAGAUGUUAAUGCAAUUCGAAAGGCCCAGCCAGAAGAAUCCUUGUUCAAGGUAUACACCUUCAAUUCAUCUAGAAAGUCUAUGAUGACAGUUAUCCAACUGAAAGAUGCCUUAGGCAAUAACUAUGGUUACCGAGUAAUCGCAAAAGGAGCUUCAGAAAUUAUUUUGGGUAGAUGUAAAUACUUUAUUGGUAGCGAAGGGACACCUGAAUUGUUUACUGAAGCAAAGCAUAAUAAACUGCAUGGUAUCAUUCAUAAUAUGGCUAACAACGGACUACGUACCAUUUGCAUCGGCUACAAAGAUUAUAUUCUGAAAGAAGGACGAGAAGUGAAAGAAACUGAACACGGUAUCACUUCUGAUGACGACAUUGAUUGGGAUGAUGAGAAAGAGAUCAGCAAAGACUUCAUCGGACUUUGCAUAUGUGGUAUACAAGAUCCAGUGAGAGACGAAGUACCAGACGCUAUCACAAGAUGUAAGAACGCCGGAAUCACCGUGAGAAUGGUCACUGGUGACAACAUAAACACUGCCAGAGCAAUUGCUCUCAACUGCAAGAUCAUCGAGCCGGGAGAGGACUUCUUGGUGUUGGAAGGAAAGGAAUUCAACGAGAGAAUUCGCGACAAAAACGGACAAGUCAGCCAGGCUAAGUUGGACGAAGUUUGGCCACGAUUACGAGUUCUGGCGAGAGCACAGCCAGCUGAUAAGUAUACCUUGGUUAAAGGUAUUAUCGACAGUAAAAUUACGACACAAAGAGAAAUCGUCGCGGUAACAGGAGAUGGAACCAACGAUGGACCAGCCUUGAAGAAGGCUGAUGUUGGCUUUGCUAUGGGAAUCGCCGGGACAGAUGUUGCCAAAGAAGCGUCCGAUAUUAUCCUGACAGACGACAACUUCAGCUCUAUCGUGAAGGCCGUGAUGUGGGGAAGGAACGUCUACGACUCCAUCAGCAAGUUCCUUCAGUUCCAGUUGACAGUCAACGUUGUCGCUGUUCUUACUGCAUUCAUUGGUGCCUGUUCGGUGUCUGAUUCUCCUUUGAAGGCGGUUCACAUGUUGUGGAUUAAUCUGAUCAUGGACACAUUGGCUUCUCUUGCUUUAGCUACAGAAAUGCCGACAGAAGAAUUGCUUCAAAGGAAGCCGUAUGGUAGAAAGAAGUCGCUGAUUUCCAGGACGAUGGUGAAGAACAUUCUUCUCCACGCUUUGUAUCAGCUGAUUGUGUUGAUGGUAUUCUUGUUCAAGGGUCCUGAACUUUUCGGCAUUCAUUCUGGACUAAAUGCACCGUUGUUCGCUCCUCCAUCUGUUCAUUUUACUAUCAUAUUCAACACGUUUGUCAUGAUGACAGUCUUUAACGAGAUCAACGCAAGAAAGGUUCACGGAGAAAGAAACGUUUUCAAGGUAUGUUGUUAUUUAUAAAUGUGUUGAAACAAAAACUUUCUUUUGGAAAAAACUACAAUUGAUAAUGUUAAUACUAAUUCUUGCAGUACUUGUCAUCUAACCACAUGUUCAUCGUCAUCUGGGUUUGUACCUUUAUCUGCCAGAUCAUCAUCGUACAAUUUGGCGGUCAAUGGUUCUCAACAGCACCAUUGUCUUUGUCCCAAUGGGCAGUUUGUCUCGGAUUCGGACUGUCAGAACUUGUGUUUGGUCAAAUUGUGGCCACAAUUCCAUCGAAGAAACUGCCAAAGAGUGUAGCGCUUCUACGUGGAGUGCCAACCCCAACUCCAUUGUCGAUGCACAGACGCGAGGAAAAGCAAUCUCAUGCUCUGCAACAUCACUCGUCUCCCAAGGCUAUGUCACUUUGGUUGAGGGCGGUGGAGUUGAUUGCCGUACAUGUAUGUAUUUGAUAUUUUAUUAUGGAUAUGGUCUUUAAUUUAUUUAAAAAUUGUCGUUUUAGUACCGUAUCAUGAGAGCGAUGAGAGAAAACCAUAGACAGAAAACCAUGGGGGAAACAGCUCCAAAGAUGACAGCUGAAGCGGCCGAAAGAUGGAGAGCCAGCUACAGACGGUAUCGUCAUAGACAAAGACACACGAAAAGUAAGUUAUCAACUAUAUUGUAAACUGCUGUGAUUGUUUAAACUUGGGUACCUUCUCCCUGUACUUAUACAAUAUUUUUAGAAUUGGCUCGAGAAGCGUCGAAAGAUAAUCCAGAAGUGGUACCCACAGAGCCACAAGCCGAAAGCCACGAGAUACGCAAGAUUCACCGUCAGAUCAAGGGAAUCACUCGGCCCAGAAACUCGAUGUCAACAUCGUCACAGAAUCAGGAGAACUCUCAGGUUAAUAUGGACCCCUCAAGCAAUGCCUAG